AUGGGCUUUGCGCUCGAUCUUGCAUUUCGACAUGUUGCAAAUGCUCUUUGCUUCCUACAAUCGUACCUCCGCAUGAUCACCAACGCCCAUAACGCAUGUCACAAGAUGGCUAAGGGUGGAGGCAACGCAGCAUUGUUGAGCAUUAUUGCUACUGCUAGGAAUCGAUUAUUUCAACAAGGAUUCUCAAAACCGCCCUCUCAGGAGGCAUCAGGCUCUGGACCCGUUCCCCGCCUCCAUUGUCUUAGGCUAAGUCCCCCGUUUAAUGAUCUAAUGCCUAGUUCAACCUGCACACUGCAAUAUCUUGAAGAUCUGCCCGUCUGGGUUCUUGUUCACCAAUGUGAACUAUAUGCUUCGCUUCGCUGUCAAUUGGGAGAUUUGGAGCUACAAGAAGCAGGUCGAACCUACUGCUUUCUUGGUAUUCUAGCAGCCGAUAUAGUCUCGGGCUCGUCAAAUGAGUAA